CAGGCUGAGCUCUCCAGCGCUCACUCAUUCACUCAAGCUACAAGCCGCUCCGGCGAAGCAGUGCGCACCUAACAACUCACCCUCACCGAGUUGAAGGGCCACUCUUGGAGCAGAAACGAGACAUCCACCGGAGAAACAAAGAGACAAAAUGUCGACCUACGUGUCCUCUGAAUGCCGCCGGGUCAGCCCCUCUGUCCACGGCAACAAGUUUGACACGGCGCAUCGUAAGAAGGCCGUGGCCAACAUCUUCGAGAACGUCAACCAGGACGCGCUGAUGAGACUCUUCCAGAAAACGGGCGACAUGAAGGCGGAGGAGCGAGUGAGGAGCAUCUUCUCCUACACCCAGGACCCAGAGGAGACAGCCCGGGCCCUGAUGGCUCUGAAGCAGCGAAAGAAGGACAAGUUCCUUCAGAUCGCGGGUAUGGUCCGACAGCUGCUCAACCUGCGAUGACUGUUCUAUGCCAGUGUUUGACCGCCUAUAUCUCUCUGUCGGCUCCUGUGUGAGCCGAAUGUGAAAACACUCCCAACCCUGGGUUACAGCCGUAGGUGCGGCUCACCUGUCGCCUCUGCAGACGCGUCAGGUGCGGGGAGUGUGCGGCCAGCCGCCUAGAGGGCAUCAUGCAGCAGCUGUGGCCUCAUGGAUGGAGGUGACAGCGGUGAGUCCUGCCUGGACCGGAUGGAGCAAGAUGAACUAACUGGGAAUAUGAAGGGCAUACACGUCUAAUUUGAGACUUGAAUUCACGAAUGCAUUCUUGUGGAUGCUUGACUGUGAAGCAGCUUCUUGCACAGUUGCACAUCACUGUGUUGAUGCUGGUGCGCAGCUGCAGUAAGAGACUUUAUCGUGCCGAAGAACCUGCCUACAUGAAUGCCUGUCCUGAACACAUGCCUUGUCUCUCAGCUUCACUGUGUAAUAAGAACACUGUCAUUAGUGGCCACUAAUGUCUUAUUGUCACAAAUAUGCUAUAGCAAUGAUUUGCAUUUAUUACGUUCCUUUUUGUGUCAUUUUUAAUAAAUUAUUGGAUUGUAUACAAAAGUUGAA